AAAUCGCAAUGAAUUAUUUGUUCCGUGAUUUCAUCAAAGCUAACCUAGUGUACAGAUUAAUCUAAAUCCAAUGAUUUCUGAUAAAGCGGUAGAUGAAAGGAUCUCCAAAACUCUACACUAGUUAACAAGUGAAACAAAAUGUAAUAUGUUUUGUACAAGAAAUUCCGUGAUUUCAAAAAUAUAAAAACUAUCGUUUGUAACAAGAAUUUUGUUACUCAAACAUGAAUUUCCAUCAGUGAAAAUUCCCGACGAAAUUUUCACCAAAUUAAUCUAAUUAGUGACCACUUAGUCAUCGGUCCACCUUAAAACCAUGUUGAGCGACUACUCGCUGCUGUCCUCCGAUGGGGACGAAACGAGCAGCUACGCGGAAACCACCGACGACGAGGAGGCCGUGUUCCUGCAGCUCAGCUCGGCCGUCCAAGAGGGCGGAAUCGACGCCGACGGCGGCAAACUAGUGACCAUCAACCAGUACGCGCAGGACGUGGUCGAUUUCAGCACGCAGUAUGGCAGUGACACCAGCAUUUCGUACACGGCGUACAACGUGACGGGGAAACCGUCCAAGUAUCCGGAUUAUGGCGACUUUCCGGAAACGUUUGCUUUUAGAACUUACGGAACCUGGUGGAAGCAGGCGCCAUCCGCUUGCGGAGAGUUUGGCGAUGAGCAACCUGCGGUUGACGAUUACAUACUGGUUCGGUUCGAAGAACCGGUUCUGCCCGAGCAGAUCAAGGUCUUCGAGACGUACAAUCCGGGUGCGAUUGUCCGCAUUUGGGCGUACACGCAGGCGGAGCAGUGGUUUCUGCUGUGGGACGUGGCAUCGGGCAACGAGAGUCUAGCUCCGGUCGAGCGGAACCACGCCCGGAUCUUCUGUCCUCCGCUUAACCCCGCUCCCAGUCCAACUCGCUUCAUUAGGUUCGAGUUCAACCAUGCCAAGCUGGAGUACUCAACGCAGCUGGACGCGAUCUUGAUGCUGGGACAAAAGUUCGUCCCGAACGUGGUGCACUCGAAGAAGCAGAAAAUCCUCCCCAAAGUAACGGUCAACCAAGAGGUGAUUCUGCAAAACUACUCGCCAGAUUUGGAGUGCACGAGUCAAUCGAGCAGUCGGAGCGCAACUCCGACGGAAUCCGGGCUCACGCUGGACCAGAUGCCGUACGAUGUGCUGUUCAACAUUAUGGCACAUUUGGACCUGCGGUCGCUGUACCGCUGUGGGCAGGUUUGUCGCACGCUGCACCACAUUGUGGCCGUGGAUUCGCUGCUGUACGCGGAGCUGAACUUGAAGCCGUACUGGGCGUGUGCGUCGUCGGCGCUGCUGCAGUCGUUGAAGAAGAGGUGUGCCUUUACCAAGAAGCUGAACCUGUCCUGGUGUGGACUGUUCAACAAGAUAUCUGUAAACGAGUUUAAAGACUUCAUCGCCAAGUGCGGCCCCCACCUGACCCACCUCCGGCUGGACUCGUGCAAGUUCAUGACCACCGGCUCCUGCCUCGAGACCAUCGGCCGCUACUGCCCGGACAACCUGACCGACCUCUCUCUGCAAAACUACCAGCCCCAAACGCGUGACUUCACCGCCCUCGCCAGCCUGCACCACCUCGAGCGCCUCAACCUCAACCGCACCAGCAUCGACACCCAAUCCCUGCUCAUCGUACUCGCCCGGAACCCCGCCCUCCGCCACCUCAACCUAGCGUUCUGCCCCCUCGACGUCAGCAUGGACGACGUGGCGCUCCAGAUCGCCAAGUGCAACCGCGGCGCGCUCGUUUCGCUCGACAUGUGGAAGUCCCACUCGCUGACCUCGGUCGGGCUCGAAGCGCUCGCCGCGCACUGUCCCAAGCUGGAGGAGGUCGACUUUGGGUGGUGCCUGCGCGAGGAAGCGUCCCCCGGGGAGGCGAUCCGGGCGCUGGUGCGGUCCUGUCCGCGGCUGAAGAAACUCUUCCUGGCGGCCAUUCGAGGGCUUACCGAUCGGGAUUUGGACGUAAUUGCCACGCAUUGUCCAGGGUUGCAGCAGCUGGAUUUGAUGGGCAGCAUGGGAAUCUCGACGGAGAUGUGCUACCGGCUGUUGACGCGCUGUCGCAAGUUGAAGCUGCUGGAUUUGAGCUUUUGUGAUAACUUGGACAAUAUGCAGAUUAUGCUGUGGCGUGAGUCCUUUGAUGUGGCGAUCAAGAGGAGCUUUGUUGAUUUUGGACCGCCGAGGGGCGAGUUUUAGCAGUGGCUUAGCUUUUGAAGCGAUACAUUCCAGAUUGAUUGUAGGUUGUAAUAAUUUUAGGAGUUGUCUGUAAAGUGUGGUGAUCUUAGCAUGAUAUUCAAGUUUACAAUACUCAUGAUCUCGAUAUUAAUUAGUGUACGUUCGUAAACCUGACUGUAUAUUUAUACAACGUGAAAUAAAUAAUCAAGCUUCAAAAA